AUGUGCGACAACUACCUGGAACUACCUGGGCUCCUCUGUUUUACGGAUGGGUCUAAGAGUAAGAGUGGGUCUGGUGCAGCCUUCAUAAUUGGUGAAGGCGGAAACUUUAUGGAUGGGGCUAGUGGCGUUAUACCUUUGGGAGUGUAUGCUACGGUCUUCCAGGCUGAACAGAUUGGAGUUCUUUCGGCGUGUAACUACAUGUCAGCAAAUCCAAAUCAACACAAAGAAGUGAACAUCUUUGUUGACAAUCGCAGUGUCCAUGACUCCCUACUAAGUGAGCGGCUGAUGUCGUCGCUCACGGUGGAGCUUCAUAGGGCGCUGCAGCAACUUAGUAUUCACAAAGAUAUUACCUUACAUUGGAUCCCUUCUCACUGGGGUUUAUGGGGUAAUGAAGAAGUGGAUAAACUGGCUAAAGAAGCUGCCAGUAUGACAAACUGCGGUCCAGAGCCAGUUAUCCCUGUCAACUUAACAAUUGGAAAAUUUUCCAUCAAACAGUGGGCUCAAAAUGAACAUCGGGUCUAUUGGUCUAACUUACUUAAUUGUAAGAUAUCAAAGUUGGCCCUGCCAAUACCUUACAAGGGUCUCAGUGGGAAAUCACUUGGGCCCACGAGGGAUGGUAUGAGGCUAACAACUUUUGCCAUCACAGGACAUUUUAAUUUGAAUGGGCAUCUAUAUAAGAUGGGCCUACUUGAAUCUCCCAUCUGCGAAAAAUGCGGGGAAGGGGACGAGACAAUGGCUCAUAUACUUCCAGACUGUCCCGCUUACAGUGCCCUGAGAUUUAGCACCUUCCUUCGUUCCACCUUAAAGAUGGAGGAAGUAUGGGAGUAUCCUCUCAAAGAUGUACUGGCCUUUUUAAGGUCUGGUAGAUUCGCCAGCUUUGUAGCUGGGGAAUCGAGAGAGGCUCCGACACAAUAA